GUCUCCUCGGUAACCCCGGCCAACCGCCAGCCCGGAGGCGGUUUGGAGCGGUGUGGCAGCAUGCGACGGACCCCUGCGUCGUCCUCGUACCUGCCGAGCCCCGACUUCUAUGAGAAGGUGGGCCGCCUCCAGCAGGGGCUUCGGGACAGUGAAAAGAAGAGAUUAGACCUGGAAAAGAAACUUUAUGAAUAUCAUCAGUCUGAUAUAUUCAGAGCUAAGCUGAAAUAUGUAAAACUAAAGAAACACCUGGAGGAAAUAUGUGAAUCAGAAAAGAAGGCUAAUAUUCGAAACCAAGAAUAUUUAAAGCGACUUGAGCGCCUCCAAGCUGAGAUUGAACGAGAUGUGACCAGAAAUACAGAGAAACAUCAAGAACUGAAGACUAAAUAUAUGACUCAAAUUAAGAAGAUGCAGCUACUCUCAAAAGAAAGAGCCGUGAUAAAAAGUGAACUGAAACAUGAAGUUAGAGAAAAGGUUGUAAUGCCAGCAGGAAUUAACUCGACGAUAGUGGUAUCAAGAGGAUUGUAUCAUCCAGCAACAAUCUUUAUGGGCCGCCAAAUGUCAGCCAUCUCAAGCAUUGGAGAUUUCAGUGCAGAGCAGAAAUCUCCCCAACCCCCAAAGAACUUUUCAAUUCCUGACCCAUGUUCACACCGGCAGACAGCCCAGAGCAGUAACGUGACAGACAGCUGUGUAGUACAAACUAGUAGUGACACACAGUACUUAAAUAAGUCUGACAAAACAGAUGGAAAGACAUCUUUUCAUAUUGGUGAGAAAACGCCAGUCACAGCCAGUUUAUUUUCUGAGGAGGAACAAACUCGUUGCUUGGAGAUAGGAAGCAACGCACGUCAUGAUCAUCUUGCUCAUGGGGACUCAAAGUCACAACGACAAAUGCAAGAACAAAAAAUGUUCAGAAAAAUGCAAGAGAAACAGGAGGAAGAUUUGAGCAGCAGCAGUGACCUCACAGUUUCUGUAAGUGAGGAUGAUCUGAUUUUAAGGAGUCCAGAACCACAGCCAAAACCGGGUGACAAGAUAGAAGGAGAAGAUGGAAUACAGGCCUUAAAAUUAAUCCACACUGAGCAAGAAAGAGAUGCCCUAUCCACUGACAAAAAUAAUCAUAUUUUGCAAACCCUAAGCUCUCCUGAUUCAAAAAAGGAAUCCUCUACUAACUCACCAACAAGAGAGCUCUGUAAUCACAGUGACAUUCUGAAAGAAGACCUUGAAGCUUACAGAGCAGCUGUCCCUCACCAGCUUUCCAGACUCUUACCGGGGGACAAGAGCAGUGAAAAGCAAGUUAGAUUUGAACAAUCACCAGACUCAGGCUUACUGAAGGCACGACUGGGUCAGCAUGUUGCUGCCUUGAAAGAACAUGAUACUUCUCUCAAAGAAGAGGCAAUAGGGUUAUUGAAAAAAGCCCUUACAGAAGAGUGCGAAGACAAUACCUCGGCUAUUCACAGUAAUGAAUCAUCCUGCAGCUUGCUAUCUAUUCUGAAUGACAAUAGUGGAAUAAAGGAAGCUAAACCCGCUCUGUGGCUCAACAGUGUUCGUGCAAGGAAACAAGAAGUUUCAAGUGGAUGUGGAGAUGAGAGCAAGGAAGAAAGCAUGGCCACAAAGAUCCCAAUCACAGAAACAAAAGCCUACCAGUUUCUGAAGAAGUCUAUCCUUCAGGAUAAUACAAAUCAAAUUGAAGACAGAUUUCAGAAGGCAGAUGCUUCUGUGUCACAAUUCUCAGGUUUGAAUAUUGGCAGCAGUGCAUUCAAGACAAAGACAACUAACAAAAUCGCUCUGGAAGCUAGUUUUUCAUCUAGCAAAGGAAGUCCUUUGUCAAGGCAUGAAAACAAAAAGAAACCAAUGACCAGUUUAAAGUCUAAUGCCUUCUGGGGUGAGUCUGAUGACAGUAACUCAGAAAUUGAAGCUGCUUUACGUCCUAGAAAUACAUCCAUCGAUGGUUUUGAUGAUUUUGAUGAUUAAUAAGCUGUAACAUCU